AUGUUGACUAUCGCCCAAGCUUCCGGUCUCAUUGCCGGCGGGGUGAUGAUCGUCCAGUAUUCGCUCCCUCUCGCGUUGGUCAUCAUUCUCGUCAAAGUCAUUGGCAACGAAACUACUGCCGCAACAUGGUCGUCUGUCAACCGAGCGAUUUCGAACACAAUAUGGCCACUGGUCCUGCAGACUGACUCUAUCGGGACCCGGAACCGCUCUACCUCCGUCGUAGCGCUCCUCUGGACCAUCACGACAGGUGCUCUGCUGUUGGUGCUUGCUGGUGUUCUUACACCGCUUGGAUUAAGUGAGCUUGUCGGCCCUGAUGUGUCAGCGACGCCGAUAAACUUCCAGUACGCGCAGGAUGACUCCGUAUGGGGUAGAGUUACUAUGGAUCGUCCGGAUGCCAGGUUUGGGCGACAUUGCGAGGUCGGGAGGAGGCUCAACUGCCCCGGGCAGUACCAUGGUGUCGAUUUCAAAGAAUUUCCCAACGGUACAUUGAGGAGCGUUAAACAGAACGAGGACUCGAUCAUCGACACUCAAAUUCCUGCCAACUUCACGACCAUGUUUUCCAGUGCAACUGAUGGAGCUGGAGACACCGUAUCUGGCCUUUUUGAUAUCCAGUAUCGUCGUUGGAAGACAGCUUAUGUUGAUCUCAUUGACCAUGGCGAGCCUCGAAUUCAAGGCGCCCAACGUUUCGUUGAGAACAUGAUUCCCCAAGACGAUAUUUCAAUCAGAGAGGGACUCAUUAUCGACACGAGGAAUAAUCCGGGUAUCGGCUUGCGAAACCAUACGACUCCUAUUGGUCUUAGGCAAGGCGGAACCUGGAGCGAGGAUCUCACUUGGUUCGAACCAGUGACACGUUGCGCCGAUACCAACCUGACUAUUGAGAUCAGGAUCAAUGAUACCGCUGACAGUUUUGGGUCAGAGACAAAAGUCUAUCUUGUUGAUCACGGGGCAUUCCGGAACCUCGACCUUGGUGAACUUGAGACGCGGCCCUGGAUUGACAACCAAUCACUCGACCUGUUCGGUCGUGCCCACAAGGCCGCCAGGAUGUUCAACGUGUUCGCAGCCGACAUCUUGAAUGUUUCACUUCCACUGAGUCCCGGAAAUGACACUUUGCCCGAGAUUAGCGUCACUACGAGCUUGAGUCAAAAUGCUACGCUCUGGGGCGAUCUUACGCUCUUCGGCGGCAUCAAGCCAGAGAAUAUUCAAAUACACGAAAUCAAGACUAUCGCCGACCUCUACCGCUAUAAAAUAUCAGCUCAGAAUAUCUCUGUUCCCCGAAAUUUCACCAACAGAUACCCUGACGGCUAUAAGAAGCUGUUUGCUUCUAACUUCACAGCGAUAGAACAAAUAUGUCGAGGGUUUUGGCACAUAGACAACACAGAUAUUGAUCGAAGGGCUUCUAAUAUCACCAAUGCAGCUGUCUCAUGCGGCUUCAUGCUCGGUGCUGGCCGCUCGAGCUUGGAAUCAGAAGGUGGGAUAGCCAAGGAAUCCAUGAAUGGGCUUCAGACCUAUCACAGGAACAUGUACAUCUGCGCAAGUGCGAUGAAGGCCAGUAUCAAAUCCGUUGAUUUCUUGUACAAUGGGACAGACGGGAAACUGCCAAACCUAAAAGUAACGGGGGUAUCAGACAAGGCAUAUCCCAACGAGCAGUCCAAGCCUUUGUGGGCUGUGGAGGCCAGCGCGCCUGAGAGAAUGACCUACGAUCCACUCUGGGGCUUGGUGGAUGAUAGAUACGAGAACACACCGGGAUUCUCCACGAUGCGUUCAGAACAGCUCUGGCUCCCAGUGGGGAGUGGCAACGCCGCGAGGGAGCUGGGCGCCCGUGAUGCAUGGGACUCCCUGGCGGGUAUCCAAGCACCGAUCUUCGAGCUGUACAAUGCAUACAAUACGCUGGCCAACAGGGACUCAUAUACCGAGGGCAACUCGUACUCGUUAGUUGAGCGGUUUGUCAGACUGUCCGUCAACGACACGCUGGCAUCAAAUAUCCCCAGCCUCAUCAUCACCGAUGCCCUAGCCUCGACGAUUGUUGGUACCAAAACGGCCAUUCGAAACACUCCGAUCGCCUAUCCCGCCCGGCUCACCGUUAAUGAUCCGCUCAUGGGAUUUCCGCAUGCCCAAGUCGUUGCCUCUAGCCGUAUUAUCCACUACGACCUCCGCUACGCCAUCCCGGGCAUAAUAACACUCGUUCUACUGUUCGUGGUGGUUGUAUGGGCCCUGACUAUUGUCGCGAUAACGCGCGGUGGUAUUGUGACCACUAUUCGCGAGAUGGACAAUCAGACAUCGACGGGUCGUCUGGCCACGGCCCUAAUCUCUCCGGAGUGCAGUAACUCGAGUUUGUCGUCAGAGAAGUGGGCGGAGACAGAUGGUAGUUUGGUCUUGAAGUUCGGACACAUCGGUGAACGCAAGGCAGAAUACUUCAUGGCCAUGUUGGACCGCGACGCUAUCCCAGAUUACCAACCAGAGCCAGAGACACCCCUCAGUCCCUUUCCUGGGACGCCCCUAAGCCCUUUGGCAAAGUCGAAGGAGGAGGGAUCCGUACGGACCAAGCUUGUACGUGUUGAUUCAUAUGAAAUCAGGUGA